AUGUUUUUCCUCAAGGAAGAGACCAAGGUCAUCACGUUGCACCCGUCCUAUUUUGGGCCUAAUGUGCGAGAGUACCUGAUAAACCGGCUGAAUGAGGAGGAAGAAGGACGUUGUACGGGAGAUCACUUCGUGAUUUGUGUGAUGGACAUGGUAGAUAUUGGGGAAGGUCGGGUUCUACCUAGCAGUGGGCAAGCCGAGUACACAAUUAAAUACCGAGCUAUUAUCUGGAAGCCGUUCCGUGGAGAGACCGUCGAUGCCAUCGUUACGUCUGUUAAGCCCACCGGAAUCUUCACAUUAGCGGGUCCGUUGUCAGUCUUCAUUGCGCGCAAAAACAUUCCUUCCGACAUCAAGUGGGAACCAAACACAGUGCCUCCUCAAUACACAGAUCACGCGGACCAGGUCAUUGAGAAAGGGACAAGUCUACGGCUCAAGAUCCUUGGUGUCAAGCCAGAUGUCGCCGCAAUCAAUGCUAUUGGAACCAUUAAAGAAGACUACUUAGGGUAUGUGGCUUUUAACCCUCAAUUUUUUUUAUUUAUUUUUUUUCGUCCAAUUUCAUUUUCAGAGGAUAUCACUGAUGCGCAUUUGCCUAUUGUAGCCCACUGCAGCAAGUGUGGUUCGCGAUCCCCUUCCUUUGCGACAGACCGACCCCCCAGGAACCACCAUUCUUUCUCCAAUUGGAUCCUUCCCCCGAUUCUCCUCAUUUUUGCUGGUUACCUUAUCAUUGACGCUCGUUUGGCCUUCUCAAUUCAAAUAAUAUCAACCAUGUCUCUCCAAGACGUGUACCAGAAAUUCCUUUCUGACCCCAGGUCUGCUUCCCUGGCUUCCGAUGUUGCGCUGAUCUAUAUCACCACAACCACCAGGGUUGAUGGCGCCGAGGCCGUGGUCAAGCAUCUCGCCAGACAGGAUCAUAUCCUCAAAAGAAAGUCCCAGCAGGUGAUUGAUACGGUCGAAGGCUUGAACUCUCUGUCUCUGGAUGUAGACACCACUGUGGAAUUUGUCUCUGGCGGCGGACCGUAUCUCCCCGCGCUGGACGAUAACUUCCUGUCCGAUCGCAUUGCGACUUUCCCCACGGUUCAUAUCGUUCGUUUCAACUCCCAGAACCAAAUCCAGCAGGUCAAGGUCUACUGGGAUCAAGCGUCGCUUUUGAAACAGGUCGAAGUGAUCGGCUCCCGCAGUCGCGGUUGGCCCAUUCGCGAUGCAAAAGAUCAGGUUAGAUUGAUCAAGACCGCCGCUUCCUCCGCUCCGGUGGAUGAUGUCCCAGCGCCCGUGCCCGCGAACAAGCCCGAAGAUAAUGGCGGCGUAUAUGACAAAGUUGUCUCUCCUAAGAGACGCAUUAAGGACCCUUACGCGGCAGAGUCUCUGGAGGAACUUCUCUCCCCCGGCAAAGACCGAGCGGAACCAGUGCGCGCCCCCCGUGCUCCGGCAUCUGCUAAGCCCCCGCAGCGCGAUCUGGGUGAGCUCUUUGGAAAUCACGAUGAUAUCGAAAUUCCUGAACCAUCCUCCGCCAGGGCCACGCCGGUCGCUCCUAAGGUCGGUGCAGGUAAGAACUACCGGGCUUCGCGCAUCUUUGAUGAUGAUGAGACCGUCGCUGCCCAAGACAAGCCCCAGCAGAUCGCUUACAGGGCUCACCCCAAGCGCUUCGAUCAUUUUGAGCUGGGCGCGGACAAUAGUAACCGUGAGAUUAAACCGAAGGUCUCACGUCCAGUGUCGAGCCAGGGCAAGGGACCUCAGUGGAAAUUUGAAGACUUUGUGACUCCCGAGAAGCCUAAACGCCAGCUCCGGGGCCAAGAGCUUCGUAGUUUCGGUAUCAGCGACGAGGAGCCAGAGACACCCCCAGCCAAGCCUCGUGUCCAACACCGCCGCGAUGCGGAAACCCACUUCCAGUUGACAGAUGACAUCGACGAUGAGAGUUCAGGCCGGAUUAUCAGUUCGUUCCAGAACAAGGGCCUCAGCCUUUACAAGAACCAUCUAUUCGCCGAUGAAGACGAGCCCGCCGAGAGCAAGCCGUCAUCCAAGGAUAAGCUGCCCCUGUCCGUAGCCCAGAAAGGCCCAUCCCGCAAUAAGGACCUCGAGACUCACUGGACCAUCACAGAUGAAUCGCCAGCGAAAAGCAAGGCCGACGAGAACAAGAAGCCCAUCGCGGCGGACCGACAGCGGGCCGUCAAAAUGUUGGAGCCGUCAUGGGAAUCCUAUGAUCAAUCUCCUCAGCCGAGCAAGACCGUCCGUCCUCCUCCACAGCGCCGCCAAUUGCGAAGUGUCAACGAGAGAAGCUGGAGCCUUGGUGAUGAUGAGUGA